AUGAUGGAGGUUGUGAUUAUUGUUGUUGUUGCUACACUUGGGAAUCUACUUAAUGGAUGGGAAAGUUCAACCAUUGCAGGGGCUAUGACCUACAUCAAACAAGAUUUUGAAUUAGAAAAGGAUCCAUCACUUGAAGGGUUGAUUAUGUCAAUGUCUUUUAUAACUGCAACUGUUGUCACCAUAUUUUCUGGAACAAUCUCUGAUAUGGUUGGAAGAAGACCUAUGUUGAUAACAUCUUCUGUUAUGUUUAUCAUUGGUGGUUUGGUAAUGUUGUGGGCUCCUAAAGUUACUGGUAUUCUCUUGUCAAGGAUUAUCAAAGGCGUGGCCAUGGCUCUAGUUGUUACUUUUAAUCCACUUUACAUAUCUGAGAUAGCACCACCUGAUAUUAGAGGACAAUUGAACACUCUUUCACAGUUUUCUUGUUCUGUUGGAAUGUUUUUGGCUUACAUUCUUGUUUUCUUAAUGUCCUUGAUGUCGUCGCCUAGUUGGAGAGUUAUGUUUAGUGCUGUUUCUAUUCCUUCUGUUGUUUAUUUUUUGUUGACUGUGUUUUACCUCUCUGAACCUCCUUGGUGGCUUGUAAGCAAAGGUCGAAUCCUUGAGGCUGAGAAAGUUUUGAAAAGAUUUCGCCGCGUUGAUGAUGUCUCAGGGGAGAUGGCUUUGCUCGCGGAGGGUCUCAGUCCUAGGGGUGAAGACAUAUCCAUAGAAGAAUAUGUGGUUGCUCCAGCUAGUGAGAUCCUUAUCAACCAAGAAGCAGUAAAAAAUUUUGUAUAA